AUGAGCUCAUCCUUGACAAAUUUGACCUACGAUGGGGCCGUUUACGAGACCGGUCCUGGUUUGGAAGAUCUAUGCAUCAGCGAUUUGCAGGCUGUGGAACAAUGGGUGGACAGACCUGCGAGCGCUUGGGCCGUUCAAAAAAUAGGUGUCCUGCUGUCAAAGAUAGAAUCGUACACAUAUAAAAUAUACCACCGAAACCGUUACGGCAAACAUUCUCUGGCGAAACUCAUUCCUGUGCACGUCAUGAUACAGUACGCAAAUGAAGCAUUAGGAUUCGAUGGAUGGUCUUUGGAAAUUAUACAAAUCCACGCGGCAGACUGCAGGUCAGUUCCCUCGAAAGAUCCGGCUCAAGAUUCAUCUUCAGACCAACGAUACGAAGUGCUGUCAGAGGCAAAAGUCCGACUUCAACUUAAAGACGGAACAAAUACAGAGGCCUCGGGUUUUGGAUCUGCUGUAGCCUCAACGAGAGGUGACAGUUUCAGCAAAUCUAAAAAAAUGGCCAUUAACGACGCGUUCAAGAAAUGCUUUUUGCAUCUGGAAACCAUAAUAUUGGAGCACGAGCAGCGGGUCGCAAGUAAUUACUACGUCGACGGACUCUACGGCUCAAAGUCUAAAAAGGCUCAAUGA